AUGAUCAUCACACACUCCUUGAUCCCCUUCUGUGACAUCGCAACUUUCAACCAUGUCACGACGUAUUGCGCGCUUAAAGUCAUCCCACCACGCGUAUUUAUCUCCAACGUUGACUCCAAGAUGAACGGAGACAGAUACAGUCUCUAUGCUGUCCUCAACCUGCCCAUCGCUGCAACAGACCAAGAGAUCCACGAGAGGCACAGGGCAUUGUCGCUGACGUUUCAUCCGGACAAGCAUCCAAACGAUGAGGACAAACGUCUCGCGACAGAGAAGUUUCUGGAGCUGCAGAAAGCCUACGAAGUACUCUCGGAUCCUUUUCUUCGCCGAGUCUAUGAUUUAUUGGGUCCUCCGGGACUCCUGAUCAACUGGAUGGAAGAAGAUCGAACGAAAUCUGCGGCGGAGUUGCAGACCAUCUUCAACCAACUUCGUCAAGAAUGGAUGACAAAUCAGGUUGACCUGAAUGUUGCUCCUAAGGGCCAAGCGACCUGCAGUGUGGACGCGACAUCUCUGUUCUCCGACUAUCUCGGUCUCGAAAACGACCCAUGGCCGACACGUCUCAGGAAUCGUCUAGAGGAUGUUCGACUACUACGUUUCACUCUGCGUCACGAUAUGCGGCGACGGAUUGCUGAGCGCUGGACCGUUGGACUGGCGGCCCGUAUAUCUCGGCAGGCUAAUGGAGGCCGCGGUAACUUUAUUGGCACCCUUCGACAUCAGUACUCGCCGAGGAUCUCGUUUAAAGCCACAUCUACUCUCUUGUUCCCCCGCGAGAUAAACCUGUGUGCCAAGUACCAAUCUGACUAUGGAUCUGCCUCUGUUGAGGCUAGCAUUUUCCCCGCUCAUUCAUUGUUCCCGCCGACGACGCUUAUUUCUCUGUCUCGGAAACUUUCUCGUCGACCGGAUGCUAUGCAAGGAAAUCUAAAAGUUGAUAUUGCUCAUAGCCCACAAGUCUCCAUUAGUCUAACAAGUCGUGAUCGACUUGAAAUGGAAGUAAACAGGCCGGACGACCCGUAUACUUCUCUAUUCCCGCUAAGUCGCGUAUCCCAAGCUACCUCGUUUGGGAUUGUACUCGACUCCAACUACCCAAAACUUUUUGCGGAGUGCGGAGUUACACUCGCGCAAUUGUCCUCGCAAUGCAAAUUGGGUCUCGAGUUUGGCCUCGGUGGCUUUGCUUGGUCACUAGGUGGUGGAUGGGCGUCACGGUAUGCCACCUUGGGAGCGAAUUUACGCUUGAGCGAGUUUGGGGUCGCUAUCGUUAUCGAUGGAUCAUAUAUGCAACAAGGGCUUUCCCUUCCCGUCUUUCUGUCUCACCAUUAUGACUUGACACUUGCUCUCUGGGUUGCUGCCUUUCCCUCGGCCGCUUGUUUGGCUGUGUACCGGUUAACGAUUCGAAGGUUCCGACGCCAGCGCCAGAGGGAAAUAACUGCGGCAUUGCAGACUCUAGAACCAGGCUCACCCAAACGUAGAGAUGCAGAAGCCGUCAUUUCGUUUCUUAAAGACAGAGCAAGAGAUAGUCGCAAGGUUGAAGCCUCGAAAGGAGGCCUUGUGGUAUUGGAAGCGACAUACGGCGCAAUAGACACGGCUGAGCGAAACCUGGGACUAUUCUGGGACAUCACCAUCCCCCUUCAGACUCUGGUGCGAGCUUCGCAAGUUUACAUACCUGGGCGGCAUCCGAAAAGUCGAAUCCAAGGGUUUCUUGACCCUGCACCAUUCACAGUCAAAUCGAUACGAGCACUGUACCUAUUUCGUGGGAAAACACAUUAUGUGGAGAUACCCGAGUAUAUCUCGCUCGUCUUGCCGUUACAAGGGAAGUGA